AUGUUUAGGGAUGACGCCUCUUCAGAAGAGGAACGAGUCGAAAAAUGUAUCGCGGCAUUCCGCUAUCAUUUACAUUAUCUGAACGAAGAAGCUGGUAAAUAUGCCUGGGAGAUUGUCAUGGCUGGCCUGCGGGCAGUUAUGGGUCACAUCACAUAUCAGCGACUUGCUGAUGAUGGUCCGAAGUAUGGAGCGGUAACGGAAAAACAUCCGCUUACUACAGACUACUUCCUGCAUCUGGAAGAUGUGACAUCGUGGGAGCAAGAAGAGCAUUUGGCAUACGAUCCUGAGAAGUCAAAAUAUCUCAUGGCUUUCAAUGGAUGGGUCAUGGCGUACGAUCCACUUAAAAACUUCGCAUUGCCUGAUUCUCAAGUUUAUCUCCGACGAGAAUUAGUCUGUUGGGGUGAUUCUGUUAAACUAAAUUAUGGAGAUAAGCCUGAUGAUUGUCCGUUCUUGUGGAAUUACAUGAAGGAGUAUUCGUAUGAAAGUCGAGUGAUAGUUUACAGGCAAGAAUGCGCACGAGUCUUCCAUGGUUUGCGCAUUGACAAUGCUCAUAGUACCCCUAUCCAUGUUGCUGAGUAUCUUAUAUUGGCAGCUCGAGAGAUUCGCCCAGAUCUCUAUGUUUUCGCGGAACUGUUCACUGGCAGUGAAGAUAAAGACAAUAUGUUCGUCAACAGACUUGGUAUCUCUUCCUUGAUCAGAGAAGCUCAAGCAGCUCAUGACAGCCACGAACAAGGAAGACUUGUAUACAAAUAUGGUGGAGAUGUGGUUGGUGCAAUGAUCCAAAGGCCAACUCGCUACGCUCCAGCUUCGAAUGCUCAUGGGCUCUUCUUGGAUCAAAGUCAUGACAAUCCAACACCUAUUGAGACUCGUUCCGUAUACGAUCUCCUCCCCACUGCGGCAAUGGUAUCAAUGGCUUCCUGUGCUGUAGGAUCCACUAGAGGUUACGAUGAGCUGGUCAGACACGCAGUCUUCGUUGACCAAAUGAGUCCCGAUGUUGUCGGCAUAACGAGGCAUAAUCCUGUUACCCAUGAUACCGUGGUUGUG